AUGCGCUUCACGCAGUUGCUGGAGGCCGGUGCCCGUACGGAGAUGAAGAGCGAUCGAUAUGAGGAGACGAAUGGUCGGAAAGUUGAACAGUUCAAAUGGGGAACCGCGAUCAAUAUCAAGGAAACAAUCCAGGUCCCGUACGGGAGAGUCACGACAGCGGAUGCAAUCUCGGACGCGCUGUCGUCCUCGCCGGAGUGUGUCAGCGGCGCGAUUCUCGGGAUCCUCGAAUACGACCCCGCGUUCCCCACCUACCGCAUCGUCCAUCACGGCGGUACGGCGGGACUGCUGCUGCUGCCGAAAACACCCAUCUCUCACCUCCAAACAUCCACGCUCGAAGCCGAAGGCGUCGUAGUCGAUUGCUUCGGCAGCGUGGAGAGAAGCUCCCACUUCUGCAACAAAUUUGAUAUCUACCCAAAGGGCACUAACAAGGGCGUCGUCGAGCAUGUCUGGGCUGCUGGUGAUAGCUGCUCACCGGGGGAGUACGAAUACGGGGACUCCGGAAAGUAUAGUCCGGCGGAUACACUGCCGAAGAUGACUGCGCGGAAGUGGAAGGUUGUGGUUUAG